AUGGAUGAUGGAAUCAAAUGGAACGCGCAAAGGGCCGCUGCCUGGAGGUCGCCAGGGCGCGUCUGGAGCUGGCGCUGGAUGCGACAGCAUGCGAACCGCCAGCCGAGCGCGAGGUGCUGCACGACCACCCAGCAGCUCCUCGCAUCCAUCAUCCCCACCAGCUGGCUUGGUGUCACCGAGCAAAACCUGGCAGACCGAGUUCGGUAUAUCUUGCGCUCAAAUACAUUUGAUGUCACCGAACUCGAACGGCUACGACGUGAGGCUGUUUCUUCAUCGGGUGAAAAUGCUGCGGCUGAGGAUGCGGCGCCACAACUUGCUGAGCAAACGGCAAAUGUGGAUGCCGCCGUGAAUACGCCAGUUGUGGUUGAUUCAAACGAUGAUGGAACAGUCACCCAGGAACUGGAACUAGAGCAAAUGAGGAGUACAUUGGAAGAGGCGAUUGUGGAAACGCGCAGUACGACUCUCGAAAAUCGACCGCGACUUCCCCGCUAG